AGCCUUUGACUUAAAAAAAUCUCAAAUAAUUGAAUCAACAAUCCCAAAAAAAUCCCAAAAAAUUCUCUAAACCAAAUAUUUCAAUGGCGAAAAAAGCAGUGUUAAUUGGAAUCAAUUAUCCAGGAACAAAAGCAGAACUUAGAGGUUGUAUUAACGAUGUUAAUCGAAUGUACAAUUGUUUACUUAAUCGUUUCGGAUUUGCUGAGGAAGACAUUACUGUUCUUAUAGAUACUGAUGAUUCUUACACACAACCAACAGGACGGAAUAUACGUAAAGCUUUAUCGGAUCUUGUUGGAUCUGCUGAAUCAGGGGAUUGUUUGUUUGUGCAUUAUAGUGGACAUGGGACUAGGUUACCUGCUGAAACGGGUGAAGAAGAUGAUACUGGUUUUGACGAGUGUAUUGUUCCUUGUGAUAUGAAUCUUAUUACAGAUGAUGAUUUUAGAGAGCUCGUUGACAAAGUUCCUGAAGGUUGCCGGAUCACAAUUGUAUCUGACUCAUGCCACAGUGGAGGCCUCAUUGACAAAGCUAAAGAGCAGAUAGGGGAGAGCCACAAGCAAGGUGAUGACGAUGAAGGCCAUGGAUCUGGUUUUGGAUUCAAGAAUUUCUUACGUCGAAAUGUUGAAGAUGCAUUUGAAUCCCGGGGUAUCCACAUUCCACGUCGCCACCAUCGCCGUGAGGAAGAAGAGGAGAACUUUGCUGAGAGUAGUGUGAUUGAGACGGAAGACGGUGAUCAAGUUCAUGUGAAGAGCAAGUCCUUACCUCUUUCCACUCUCAUCGAGAUACUUAAGCAGAAAACCGGUAAGGAUGACAUUGAUGUUGGGAAACUUAGGCCAACACUCUUUGACGUCUUUGGUGAAGAUGCAAGUCCUAAGGUGAAGAAGUUCAUGAAGGUCAUUUUUAACAAGCUACAAAAGAAUAACGAGCAGGGUGGAGGUGGUGGGUUCAUGGGUAUGGUUGGUAACUUGGCUCAAGAGUUUCUGAAACAGAAACUUGAUGAAAAUGAUGAGAGCUAUGCGAAACCGGCCAUGGAAACACACGUUGAAGGUAAGCAGGAAGUUUAUGCCGGUUCAGGUAAUAGAGGUCUUCCAGACAGUGGCAUUCUCGUCAGUGGGUGCCAAACAGACCAAACAUCUGCAGAUGCCACCCCUGCAGGCGGAGAUUCUUAUGGUGCUCUAAGCAACGCAAUUCAGGAAAUCCUAGCUGAAUCAGAUGGUCCAGUCACCAAUGAGGAACUUGUUAGCAAGGCUAGGAAAAAGAUGCAGAAACAAGGCUUCACACAACGUCCAGGCCUCUACUGCGAUGAUCAUCACGUUGAUGCUCCUUUUGUUUGUUGAUUCUGCUGUGCUAUGCCUUCUCGAGUAGCUGUUGAAAAUACGACUGUGAAGUUAACGAGGUGUUAUAUAACUACAUCCUUUUGUGUAUUUGUGUGAUUGUUUGUGCUUAUGUUGGAGUAGCUCUUCUACUCUGGUGUUGCAGAAGAACCAUUCUCCAUCAUGUGAAUGUGUAUUUGGCUCUGUUUUUUUUUUCCUUUUAAAUUUGGUCAGAGAAUAAGGUAUUAAAGAACCACAGUUUUCGGUAUUGUUUUGGAUAUUUGAAAGUUUAAUCUGGAGAACUUGUCUUGUA